AUGGCUUCCUCUUCGGCUCACCUCAACCACCACCAACUUCCGAACAUCCACGGUGGAGCCACGGCGGCGCCUCCGCCAACUCCGUCAUGUACACAUCCCAACACCACCACUAAAUCGGAGACAGCAGCAGACGCUCUCUCCCACCUAUUCUACCGUCUUACACCUAAUCUUUCACUCCCUAACCGCCGCUCCUCCGUCGCCGUAUCCUCCACCGCCGCAUCUCUGCCGACAGUAUCUUUCUCCGCCGAAAGCUGUGACGAUCUAAUCUCCGCAGCUACUGAGUUCGGGUAUUUCAACCUCACUAAUGAUGCCUCGGAUGCAACCAUCCCUUCUGGACUCGCUGAAGCGGCCGAGGCUGAGUCGCUCUCGCUCUUAGAGCUCAGCCAAGAGGAAAAGGAAUCGUCGUUUCCGAAAAACUGGCCGCUUGGAUACGAAGCCGAUGCUGAAACGCCGUCGUUUUGCCUGGACGCGGACUGUACUACCGAGUCGAGCAAGUUAAAUCUGAUUUCACUGCGCGAGUUCACUCGGAGUCUUGAGAAAGUUGGACUGAAAACGGUAGAGAAGCUGGCGAGCGCACUCGGGUUCAAGAAUCCGUUUGGAAAUGACUCGAGCCGGUUUAGUACUCUGAUGUGGCUUAACCAAGAUGUUCCCGAUGAUAAACCGGCGAUAACCAACGGAUUUUAUCCAUUUGUUGUCUGUUUACAGUAUCAGAUAAGGGAAGAGAAGUACUGUUUGCUGUCCGAGUCUGGCUGGGUGUCGGUAUCGCCUCGAGUUGACUCGGUCCUCGUGACGCUAGGUGACAUUGCUCAGGUUUGGAGAAAUGGAGAGCUCAAAAGAGUGAGAUAUCGACCGGUUCCGUGCUCGGGACAACUUGAUGGUCCAAGAAAGUGUGUAACAAUGACAUUGAUGCUUACACUUCGCAUGGACACUACGGUUUCUCCAUUGAAAGAUUUCAGUGACAUUGAUAAAGACGAAGAGUAUGCAGAGAAGGAGGCGGAGGAGGAAGGGGAGGUGGAAGAUGGAGGAGCAAGAAGUAAGGAGAGAAGAGCAUUUACGUCUUUUUGUUUUGAGGAUUACGCAUGGAGAGUGUACCAUGAACGUCUCUUCCUCAAGGACCCGCUUGACAGAUACAAAAUCAAGUCUUAG